AUGACACUACAUAGUAUAAUUCUUGUCUCAAUUGGUAUGGGUGGUAUAAAAUCGUGUAUUGCUGCUUUUGGCGUGGACCAGCUCAUCGAAAGUGAUCGAAAUAUAAGCUCAACACACGUGCGUGUCUUCUUCAGUACGUUCUAUUUUUCCAUACAUUUAGGUGUAUUUUUCGGACUGAUUGCUUCGCCAGUGAUUACCAAAAUAAUGUUGUAUGAGAGGCACGACCUUAACGUAUAUGCCAUUCGAUUUGGAUUUUCUGCCCUUAUGAUGACAAUCGCUGUCAGUAAGUAGGGUUCAAAUUUUAAUAAAUUGUUAAAUAGCUAAAAUAUUAAAAUUUGGAAGUAUACUUGAAAUGAGUUAAAAUAAAAUUAUAUGCUUUUUUAAAAUUAAUAUAAUAAUGUUAUUAAUGGAAAAUAUAGAAUAUGUAAAGAUUAAUUUUUCUCAUUUAGGUAUAUUUGUUUGUGGAUACCCCUAUUAUUUAUUCAAAGAACCAAUACCAAAUAUACUACCUGAAAUGAUAAAAUGCAUUUUUGUAAGUGGGUACCUUUACCUUCUUAUAGUUUAGCUCUAAUGUUUUACUUCUUUAAGAUUACUAAAUGAUUAUUUUUAUACGAACCUAAUUGUCUUGCACAUAAUUUUUAACAUCAUUGAAUGUUUUUAUCGACAGUUGGCCAUAUGGAAAAAAUACACGUCAUGUCAAAAAAAAACUAAACAUAAACACUUGUUCGAAUAUGCUGAAAAUUCCUUUCCGUGUUACAUUAUAAAUGAUACAAAAAAGACUUUAUACAUACUUUUUAUUUACAUACCAUUAUCUAUGUUUUGGAGCUUACCAGACCAACAAGUUAAUAUUUAUAACUACAGUGUUUAUAAUACUGCAAUACAAUAAUCAUAACCUAACUUAGAUAGUAAUUUUAAAAACUAUUGAUUUAGAAUACAACUUGGAUAUUUCAAGCAUCGCGUACCAGUGACCGUUUAUUUGGUAUAGAAUGUUCAGUUUACAUGUUACAAAUGGUAAACCCUUUACUCAUAUUGUUGACUAUCCCAUUAAUGGACCAUAUAAUUUACCCUUAUCUGAAAAAACAUAAAUUAUUUAAGUAUCCUCUAAAACGAAUGUUGCUUGGUGGUAGUAUAGCUGCAAUGGCAUUUAUUUUCGCUGGAUGUAUUGAAAUGUACUUGGAAGUAAGUAUAUUAUACCUAAUAGCUGAUGCGUUAUUUUUUUAUAAGUAGAUUUGUCGUAAGUUAAAAAUAUCAAAAAUUAUUGAAGGGAAACGCAAAAAACAUCAAUAUAAAUGUAUCUGAUUCAAGUAUGUUUGUUGCACAUACAAAACCAUACUUAGCGAACAUAUGGACAUCGAACUUGAACUUGAAAAAAUCAAACAAAAAAGGAUUUUUUGUUGUUGAUAGUAUAACAGCUUCAAAAUCUAUACACGAGAAGUCAAUAGAAAUGUCAAUAAAAAAUGAAAACUCUACACAAGUUAAAAAUAACAAAGAACUUAUUAAAGUGCGGCUGAAAAUAAAUAAGGUAAAAUUAUACUAGUUUAUAUUUAAUUUUAUGAAAUAGCUUAUAAUAAUCAUUUCAAAGUAUUAAGUUACAGACAAAUUAACUAAUACAAAUAUUUAUAAAAUAUUUUCAGAAUUCAAUUUUUUUAUUAGUAGUGAGCACAAAAUAUAAUGAUUCAUAUAAAGGUGAUAACCUUUAUCCCUUAUUUAACUCCACUACUGUGCUAGUACCGGAAAGUUUAUACACGACUUCGGAAGAAAAUCAUUCAUCUAUUUAGUAAAGUUUUAAAUACUUUAACUCUAUUCAAAAACUAUUGUGUUUUAUUUGAUAUCUUUGUUUUCCAACAGUAUAAUUUUUCCAGCAAACGACAUUGGCAACUGGUUACGAAUUAAAAAUCUGGUAUUAGAAUCCACAUUUUCUAAUAAAAUAUUCAUUUUUAAAAAAACACAUCGUGUUUUUCAAUUACAAAAGACAUAUUAUGAAAUAUUACGAAAUACUCCUGGUUUGUAAGUAUACCUAAUAAAGAUUGCUUAAGUUUCUUUCAUACCUUCUUUUUAAAUAUAAUAUUAUGUAUACUAUACACAUUAUGUACCUAAAAAAAAUAUAAUAUUAUCAAAAAUGACAAAAAAAAAAACUAUAUAUAUAUACCUAUUUUGUUGGUGAAAUUUUAAGAUAUACAUUAACAAUGAACUACAUGAAUGAACAGCGGUCAAAAUUGAGGAACGUUUUAAAUUUAGAAACCGAUGAAGUAUAUGUAUACAGAAGUGUAUAUAAUAAUAUAACAAAUUAUGUAAGCGUUAUUACGUAAAUUCAUACAUAGAUAAUGUGUUUGUAUAAAAUAGUAAUGUAGUUACCGGUAUCUAAAUACAAUACCUAUGUUAAUAUAUCUAGAAACUUCAAUCAAAUACAACUCCACAAGCUCGUGUUUUAAGGAAAGAAUGGUUAUUGCCUCAAUUUAUUUGUAUGGCAUUCGGUGAAACACUGUUCACUAUGACAGGAUUAGCAUUUUCUUUUUCAGAAGUAAAUAUACUUGUGUAAACAAUGUAAAAUUUAAUAAAUAUAUAUAUAUAUAUAUACAUAUAUAUAUAUGUAUUGUAUUAUAUUAUCGUACGACAUAUAUUCGUCAGGAUUAUUAAACAAAUAUGAGCUUAUUUAUAUUCUUAAGUAAAAUAAUACACUUGCUCUGGUAACAAUUACGUUUUUAUACUUAUUUUAGUUUUUAUCAAAGACUUAAACGAUGAUGUAUCAAUUAACUGCCUAUUCAACCAAGGUGGACAUAUAUUAUAUUAUAUUAUUAUUAUUAUAUUAUUAUACUAUUAUUAUAUUAUUAUUAUGUUAUUAUUAUUAUAUAAUAUUGGUUGAAUAUUAUUUUACAAUUUAAAAAAAAAAUGAACAGAUAAUUAUUAAAACAAAUAACAGUGAGAAUAACAUUCCGAAUAAUAUUUCAAUUUUGGAGGUCUAUUUAAAUAUUUGGAGGGCUGAGUCCCCCCCCCCCCCGAUGUCCGCCUAUGUAUCAACCUUUCAUUCAAUGCAUUCACAUUGUACUGGAAAAUUAAAACAGUAAUUAUUCUUUAACUAUCUGUAAAAAAUAUAAAAAUAUAAUAUUUUUUAACAAUCGGUUAUGACUUAUGAUUAAUAAUCGGCUAUAGAUAGGUACCUAAUAGAAAAUUGUUCUAAAUAAUAAUUCAUUAAAAACUACUUUUAUAAUAUGCAGAAUAAUUGUUAUAUUCUAGUCUGCAAUAUGGCCAAUACUGGUAUCAUGCUACAUUCUCCACUUCUAGGUAUACCUACCUACCAAUCGAUUUAUUAUUAUAAUAAAAGUAUUAUGGAUAUUCUAUAACUAAUAGGUACCUUUUUAAAACAUAUUUCAUAAUAUUAUAAGUAAUUCAUUAAGUAUAUUAUAAAACGAAGAUAUACUUAUUUUUUACUUUUAUGAGUUCUGUAUUAAUGUAAAAUACUAAUCGAUUUUUAGAUUAUCCGUCUAGAGAAGGAUUAGUUUUAUACUUAUUAGUAGGCUGUGGAUUAUAAUGCAUAUUGCAUAUUUUUUUAAGGCCUUAUUCUUGUUUUUAGAACAUUUAUAUCCGCACCCUACUUAUUACCUAGUUAUUUUCUCUCAUAAGGGUUACAUUGAUUUUUUGGUGUAAUAAACUCAAAUAUCUGUGGACACGACACGACACUCUAGGUCAUUGGACAUCGCAUUUAACCUUUUUUGUAAUAAAAAACUAAUAUCAGCUAGAGUGGAACUAGAAAUAAGAUAAGAAAGGGACUGAAAAAUGUAAUUAAAAAUGUAUUGUGCAUAGAAAUGUUAAAAAUGUAUUAUUGUAUUAUUUAUUAUAAGCUAUUUUUUAAAAAUAUCUACAUGUGCUAGGAGGGCUUCGGACCCCAUAGCACCCCUUGUAUCCACUUCUGGAUAUAGUUAGGUAGGUAUUUAAUUAGUAAUCAUUGAUUAUUUUCCAGGCUCCUGAAACAAUGAAAACUGUAUCAAUAUCCAUGUGGUAUUUUUCUGUGGCCCUGGGGAAUUUAACUGUAAUUUGUAUUAACAAAAUGAUAUUAUUUGAAAAAAAAGUAACCGAAAAUUAUUUAUUUAAAUUAAAAUGACUAUAAAGAAAUGUUUUUCCAUUUCACAAACAGUCUCACAUGUUCUUCAUGUUCGCUUUCAAUGCAACUAUAGCGUUAUUGUUCACCUACAAAUUGAGCAACGUAUUCGAAAAAAUAUAUGACCAUAAAAAAUCGGAUUCGGAAAUGACGUUGAACGUACAAAAUGUUGAUUUGGGUGAUGCCAUAUUUCUCAACGAUGAUAUACCCAAAUAA